CUGAUUGCGUUCGUGGGUCUGUCGUCGGCUGUAUACGUUAUACGCCGACUAGCAGAAUUACAGAAGUAAUAAAUUGUUUAAUUUGUAUUUUUGGAACCUUUGUCUUUAUGUGAGAACCAAUUCUUAAGAAGUAUCUGCAUUGCUUAAUAAUUGUGCAACCCUUGUAUCGGAAAUGGGAAACAGUGUUUCCAGCAAUAACGGUGCGCUCGAAAUAAUGGGCAGCGAUUUGCAGUACAAAUAUUCAUCUGCCGAUUUCAUUGGCCAGGGAGCAUUUGGAACUGUUCACAAAGCUAAAAUUUUGAAGCAAGUAAAGGAUCCUUAUACGCGAGAAAAAAUUACUCAUGUGGCUGUCAAGGUGAUACGCGUCAAUGCUAACCCAGGAGAUGUUGUUGAUAAAGAGAAUUGGACGAAAUCCUUGAACAGGUUGAGAAUGCUCACUGAACUGAAGACGAAAAUCUUGUGCUGUAUCAGAAGAUUUCAAUCUUCAAAGCCUCUGGCGGUGCGACAGUCGAACUUGCAAUGCAUUAUUAUAAGAGAAGCCUGGAAAACUGAUACCUUGCUACGCAGCUAUCAAAAAGUUCUGCGAUUCGGAGAGCAUAUGACCCGAGGACUUGAAUUCCUGCAUCAAAAAAGUCUGAUACACAGUGAUUUAAAGCCUGAAAAUAUUCUUGUGAAGACUGGACCACUGGACCGCGAGAUUCUACUAAUCGGCGACUUAGACGACCUGGUGAAAAUGCAAAACAAUAUAACUUGCUCUGGGAUAUUUCUCGGCUACGUGGUACAACACGAUACAUGUCACCGGAAAUGCUGAGACAAUUUGCUCUAAUUGAGACAGAUGACCCAGGACGGAAAACGGACAUUUGGAGCCUUGGCUGCAUAAUUCUGGAAAUUGCUGAGUGCUAUUAUCGCAUAAAAGAAAAACGACUGGUGAACGGCGGUAAAACUGUAGAUUCUGGAUAUGAUGUUCUGUCCAGUUCCCGGUAUGCAACCCUGAUCAUGGACGGGUAUGCGCCCUUCGUGAGCGACGAGAUUGAAGAACAUUUAAAGGAAAGUAUCCGAAAGUGUUUGAAUCGCAGCGCCACAAUUCGUAUAUCUGCCGCAGUGCUUUUGCUUGAAAUACUGAUCGCCAUCCGGGCAGAUGAAGAUAUUCCGACCGUGUUCUUUCAAAAGACUGGCAGUAGCAUUCAGUAUCACUACACCAGCGCAGACUUUAUUGGAAGAGGAACGUUUGGCGCUGCUUAUAAAGCCAAAAUUAUGAACGCUGAUUCCCAAAAAGGACCACAGGCUGCGGCCGUUAAAGUACUGUACCUUGGAAGUACUUCCGGAGCUGCUGCCGAUCAGGGAGAUUGGAUGACCGUUGUGAGAAAACUGAAACGUCUCACUGAAUUGGCGCACGAGCAUCUUAUAAUUUACCACAAGGCUUCAAUUAAUAAACUCUACAGCGGAGUGAUCGUUGAGCUGGUGAUGAAUUAUUAUAAAGGCGAUCUUGCUUCGCUUUUAAGGGAAGGAGAGAAAGAGGAGGAGUCCUGGAACAAUAAAAGAAAAAUAAUUCAGUUUGCAAAAGAUAUGACUCACGGACUGAGAUUCUUGCAUCAGAAUGGGAUAAUACAUGGAAAUCUGAAGCCUGAAAACGUGCUGCUAAUCCUUUCGAAAAAUGGCAGCGAGAAGCUGGUCUUAAGUGAUUUUGACGAUCUGGUACAAAGACAAGAAAGUGUCUUGUGCUCUGCAGACAUUUCCCAGAUACGCGGAACAACGCGCGGCACAUGUCACCAGAAAUGCUCAGAAAGUUUUCGCUAUCAGGAACAGAACCGCCAGGACCAAAAACGGAUAUAGGCUGCAUAAUGCUUCAGAUGGCCGAAAGCUUCGGCCUAGCACCCAAAAGACGACUCGUAAGAAAGGAAAGCUUUUUAAAUGGUGGAAGUGAUCUUACCAAUUACCAAUACGCCACCCUAAUCCACGACGGCUAUGCUCCAUUUGUGAGCGACGAUAUUGAUGAACAUCUGGCGGACACCAUCCGAAGGUGCCUGGAUGUAAUUAGAGAAAACUCGAUUAUCCGCUAACGAUUUACUGUCUAAGAUGCAAACGAAGUACGGCAUUGUAUUUUUUGCGUGCGACGAAUAUAAAUUUCGAAAUUUUUUUAUUUUUGAUCCAUUGACUGAAUCCAUACAUAUUAAAGACGCGUUCUGCGAACUGGAGUGCGCAGGUUUGCUGCCUGAGUAUCAUCGACAGAUUUCAGUAAUCGGAACUAACAUUUUGGUCCCUGAACGGAUAAUUGAUGCUGGCAUAACAAAAAUAAAGUUCCAUCUCUGGAGUGUUAACCAAGGGGCGUGGAGUUUACUGGAAGUGAAUACUGCCGUGAAAAUGUAUUAUGAUUCAAGCUGUAUCGCGCUAGAAGACAAGAUUUAUUUUUGGGGCGAUCCCGGCUCUUUUACUGAAAUCAACAUGUCUACUCAUAACAUCCGAAAUCCAAAGAAAAUGCCCAGGGAGCAUUCUGACUAGCUUAACAGUGGCCCUAUAUGGUAGUCAGAUAUUUUAUGGCACAUCCGAAAGUGUGUUCCAGUACGAUACGAUGAUCGAUGACUGGGAGUCCUUGCCAAUGCUGCCAAGAAGUCGCCACAGUUUUGCAAUGUCUGUAGUCAACGGAGACGUAUAUAUAACCGGCGGGGACUUUUGGGGUACAUCGGGUGUCACAAGUAGCUGUAUUAGUCUGAAGUGCGAAGUGGGAUGGACGACCGUCACAUUGUCACCAGGCGAUACCAGGCUGAUAGCGGAUUGGGCGACCUUCGUGUCCGAUAGAGCUCAUAGCGGCCAGCUCUGGAAAGGAAAGUCCGCACGUGCUGUCAAACUACAGGACGAUACUCCGGCAGGCAUUACUGUUUAAAGAGCGUUAGUUUUUACCACAAGUACUGAGCAAGCGUAUACUGCGUAGAUUUGAAGAUGGUCAAGUAAAAACCACCGAACCAGAAAACCAAUGCAAGUUAUUUUUUUUAAUCUGUUUUUUUAUUCGGCACUCAGGGCAGCAGCCAAUUCAGAUAACAGAGAGGCUUGCGCAGGUAGAAGCUACCCUAACAUUACUCAAAAUGUAAACAGCAAACACAGCCCGGCAUUGCUGGCCCUCCUUGGGGACAAACAGCCACCAACGCACCCCAGUGUUAGUGGGACCGUUUUCAGGAUUGAACAUUUUGUCUGCCUCAUGUCGUCGUCAGCGCAUAGUACGGCAGACCAGAUUGUAUGCCGCAUAAAUGAUCAGACAGCGCUAUCGUUAAGACAUGAUAACAAUGUACAGUAUUUCUGUAUCAACAGUACGCUUACCGUAUAAAAGAUUAGACUGAAGAAAAUAAAUUAACUAUGCCGGGACAUCACGACUCCUUCUCAAAGCUUGACAUUUUCACCGGCCACGCGAAUGGAUUUCAGUGCUGCAAUCUGCCAAACGCGCUUCAGUGAAAUUCUUGAGCAUAGACCGCCUUCUCGAGCAUUCUUGGAUCAGCCUUGACAUGAAUCCGAUUUAUUUUAUUGCGUUAAGAGAAAUGGCGAACAUCGGUUUUAGUGAUUCCGGCGCAGUCGAGGAAAUCGGCAGCAAUAUUAUGUACCGCUACACAAACAUGGACUUUAUUGGCAGGGGAACGUUUGGCACAGUUUACAAAGCCAGAAUCAUCAGCGCUGACAGUGACACUUACACGGAGUCGGAUUUUGUCGCCCUGAAAGUGAUGCAAAUUGGUAUAAAUUCCGUAAUUAUUGCCGAUCAAAGAAGCUGGAUGACAGCCGUGAGAAGAUUGAGACAACUUACUGAACUAACACACGAACAUCUCGUGGCUUAUCACAAAGUUUCCAUAACUAAAGCAGCUGGUGGGGUGAUUGUUGAGUUGGCAAUGGAUUAUCAUGAAGGAGGUGAUCUUGCUUCCUUUUUAAAGGAAGCUAAGAAGGAUGAAAAGCUCUUGAAUAACUGGGGGAAAGUGAUUCGGUUCGCCAAGGAAAUAGCCCGAGGAGUGGAAUUCUUGCAUCGAAAUGGCUUCAUACACGGCGAUUUAAAACCGGCAAAUAUACUUUUGCACAUUUUACAUAGCGGCACCGAAUGGCUGGUGAUUGGUGAUCUAGAUGAUUUGGUGCAAAUGGAGGAAAGCGCCACGUGCUCAGCAGACUUCACCCACUUACGUGGCACAACGCGCUACAUGUCACCCGAAAUGCUGAGAAAGUUUUCCCAAUCAGGAACAGAGCCACCAGGAAGGAAAACUGAUACGUGGAGUUUAGGUUGUAUAAUUCUGGACAUGGCCGAAACUUGGAAACGUGUAACUACAAGGCGACUCAUAAAGAAUGGGAAAAUUGUCAAUGCUGGAGUAGAACUAACCGGGUAUGCCGUCCAGAUCAUUGACGGUUACGUUCCAUUUGUGAGUGGCGAAUUUGGAGAACUCUUCUCAAGUAUCAUCCGACAGUGUUUGCGUAUAAACACAGCAAGCCGAUUAUCGGUUAAGGAAUUGUUACGCAAACUCCAGAGUAACGUCAUCGUUUUUCUUGCAUGCCGCGGUUUUGAAUUCCGAAGUUUUUUAAUAUACGACCCAUUAGCAGACUCCGUACAUGUUCAACAAGUGCCCCAUGCGCCGGAGUUUUCCGGGCUGCCGUGCUUCGACUACCGCCAAUUAUCGGUAAACGGAACAAAAAUUUUAUUCAAAGAACAGAUGCGUGAAAACCGAUCCGGAGUACCAAAGGCUAAAUUCCAUUUAUGGAAUGUAAACGAAGAGACAUGGUGUCAAUAUGAGCCAAUUAAUUCCUUGAAUAUGCACCCAGCAACCAGUCUGGUGGCGGUAGACGACAAGGUUUAUUUUUGGGACCGAGACGAAAUAUUUAGAGAAAUAGACAUCUCUACUUAUCUGACGGGUGUUCCGUAUAGAGAAUCAGUUGCCUCUGCUGAAAACCCAAAUGUACCUUUUUCUAGCUUUCUUCUACCUGCACAAGCAGUAGCAAGGAGCGGUCAGCAGAUAUUUUAUGCCACGAUACGCAGCCUGUACCAGUAUGACACUGUGACUAAAGAAUGGAAAUUCCAGUCAAAUAUGCCGCACCCUUGUCUGGAUUUUGCAAUGGCUGUGGUCGACAGAUGCGUAUAUAUUAUCGGCGGAAGGGUUCAAGAAAGAUCUGAUCAUUUUGCCACAACUGCCUGCGUUCGUUUGAAUUUGGAUACCGGUGCCUGGGAAAAGAUCAAACCGCUUCGGCAGCCGAGACUAAAUCAUGCCGCCUGCGUUAUCCUGGAUCGGAUAUACGUGUGCGGUGGCCGGUAUACUGAAAAAGAGCACGCCCUUGAUCUAGAGAUGUACGAUACCAAACGUGUAUGUGACGCGGAAUGGUCAACAGUCACACUGUCCCCAAACGAUGCGAAUGUAUUAUCGAACUGGGCGACUGAAAGGAAUGAGUCAUGGCAAAGGAUAACAGCCCUUUCUGUAAACCUGGAUGAUGAUACUUUACCUUUAAACAGCUGA